AUGUUUCGACCCGUGAUCGCGGAUCAGUACACGGCCACCAGAGUUUACUUUGGGUCGGUUAUUGGGCUUCUCGUUGCGGAGAGCCUCCUACCUUUCGCGGCAUUUGCCUAUCAAAACUACAACAACAGUCGACGAAAAGACCGUCAUGACUUGCAUUGGUCAUUCACAGUCCAACUUCACAAGCUUCUUGGUUUUCCGCUCCUCAUUCCGUUCCUCACGGAUUAUCACAUUGCCGACGUUGCUCGCUUCACUGCGUUCGUCGCACUCAAUGUCAUAUUCGCGACACAAGAGAACCAGUUCACCACCGACUACAAGUUGUAUGGCUGGUUGACGAUUGCCAACGGAGGCUUAGCACUACUCAUGGCCUCGCGUAACAACCUUUUCGCGACUGUUCUGCGCAUUCCAAGCCCGGUGAUACUCCAAUACCAUCGCUGGACUGGUGUUGCUACCUUAGCCCAUGCAACAGCUCAUGUUGCGUUUAACAUCCAGCACUACAUACAGACCCAACAGCUGGCGACCAGUUUCGCCAACACGCGAAUUCGAAUUGGUUUGAUGGCUUGGAUAGCCUUGGCAAUCAUGUUUCUCACGGCUUUGCCUAUCGUAAGACGCCGGUUUUUCGAGGUUUUCUACUUCACACACGGACUGUUCAUUGUCUUCACAAUCGGGGCUCUGAUCCAUGCGGCCCAUGGGCCCGAGUUCUUGUUACCAGGCCUCCUACUUUGGGCGGUUGACCGGGCGAUCCGAUUUGCGUACAACUUCCGUCGCAUUGAAAUACAGCACAUCACGAGCUACGAGGGCGGUGUCACCAAGUUCAAAGUUAAGGGAUUGAGGAAUGCGAGUCCUGGUCAGAUUGUCUGGCUCCAACUUCCAAAAAUAUCCUUCGUCAACUGGCACCCCUUCACUGUCGCAAGCGCUCCAAAUGACCCCGAGCAAGUCGCUGUUAUUGCUGUUCGUGGCCUUGGAGGCUUCACAAAGGCUGUGCAAUAUGCUGGCUCCAAUAGCGCGGAUGGUCACAGCAUGCAUCCCAUUUCCGAUUCAAGCCGCAUGAUUGAUGCUCGACCUAAAAUGCGCCUUGAUGGGCCAUACGGUGUUGGGCGCAUACCAUGGGGCAAGCUGCCUCUCACUGUCCUGGUUGCCGGCGGUAUUGGGAUUACACCCGGCAUUAGCAUUGCGUCUCAUAUCAUCAGACAAGCCGCCGCUUGCGCUGGCCCUCAAUCGCAAUCACCGCACAAAUCUGUGGCCCAUGUGCACUUGCUGUGGGUUGUCAAGGACUCUCGACAUAUAGAGUGGUUUCAGGAUGAGCUCACCCAACUGUAUGAGGUAUCGGCGAAGGAGGAUCUUCCAGUAACUCUGGAUAUCUCCAUCUACGUAACAGGUGGUGGGAGAUCUGCGCCUCCGCAUGCGGAUGAAGAAGGGUCCUUGAGAAUGCAGGACCUUGAACCUUCGGAGCGCCCAUGGGCAGUCCAUCAAGGACGACCAAAUAUCAAGGCUUGGUUCAAUCAGGUCAAGAUCGACCGCGUCGGCAUGGAUGGCGCGGUGAACUUGUGCGGGCCGCGAAUGCUUAUCAACCAGGCUAGAAAUGCUGCAAUGAGUGUCAGUGAUGAACGAGGACUCUUUUACGUUCAGGAGGAAGUGUUUGAGUUUUAG